UUUUUUUUCAUUGUUGAUAGGCACUACUUUGGUGCCUAGUGAACUCUUGCGCUGAAUAGGCAGUUCAUCCAACAGGUCCUGGGAUCUGGCUCUGUUCUUGCUGUCAUCAUCAUAAUCUCCCCAUUUCCUUCUGUGGGAUUAUCAUGGCGAUGAAGCAGGAGAGCCUGUAACGACCCACUGCGUUCUGCAGGCCUUUUUUGUUGUUUUGUGUUGUUUUUUCUGGCUCUGAAUUGGUGGAAUACCAGGAGCCAAAAUGCUGAACCAGAGUGCUGUCAUGAUCUUCACUGGAAUUUGUGGGGCUUUGGUGGUCAUGGCAAUGGCCUACUAUGUUUACUGGUCUGUGAUACUGGCUGAAGGACCGUGUAAACGCGGCUUGUAAACGGAUUCCACCGUGGUUGGUCGUUGUGUAUAGAGAGGAGCCCUCUCCACUCUCCAGGCUCCUCAGCCAUGGCUCUGCUGGCCUACCUGAAGAGCCUGUUCAUCCUGCAGUUGCUGAUGGGCUUCGUGUUUGUGGUGAGCGGGCUCAUCAUCAACUUCAUUCAGCUGUGCACCUGCAUCCUCUGGCCGAUCAACAAACAGCUGUACCGCAGAAUCAACUGCCGGCUCUCCUACUCCCUCUGGAGCCAGCUGGUGAUGCUGCUGGAGUGGUGGUCAGGCACAGAGUGCACCCUAUACACUGACCAGGCUACGGUGGACAAGUUUGGCAAAGAGCAUGUCAUCAUCAUCCUCAACCACAACUUUGAGAUAGACUUCCUGUGCGGCUGGACCAUGUGUGAAAGAUACGGCGUCUUAGGGAGUUCAAAAGUGCUAGCCAAACAUGAGCUACUAAAGGUUCCUCUAAUUGGCUGGACCUGGUACUUUCUAGAAAUCGUUUUCUGUAAGAGAAAGUGGGAAGAGGACCGGGAAACUGUCUUCAAAGGACUGAGCAGGCUCAAGGACUAUCCUGAAUGUAUGUGGUUUCUGCUGUAUUGUGAGGGCACCCGCUUCACAGAGAAGAAGCACCAAAUCAGCAUGCAGGUCGCAGAAAGUAAAGGCCUGCCCAAGCUCAAAUAUCACCUAUUGCCCCGAACCAAAGGAUUCACCACCACUCUGCAGUGUCUAAAGGGCACAGUAAAGGCUGUGUAUGAUGUGACACUAAACUUCAAAGACAACCAAACUCCCACUCUCUUGGGGAUCGUGAACGGCAAGAAAUACAAAGCUGACUUGAGUGUGAGGCGGUUCCCUGUAGAGGAAAUACCAGAUGAUGAGAAGGAGUGCGCCACCUGGCUGCACAAGCUCUACCAGGAGAAGGAUGCCUUACAGGAAAUGUACAACAAGGAAGGCAAGUUCCCCGGACCCACAAUUAUCCCCCCGCGCCGACUUUGGACACUGCUCAACUUCCUAUUUUGGGCCACCCUGCUGCUCUCGCCCCUCAUCAACUUUGCUUGCGGCGUGGCCGUCAGCGGCUCCCCCCUCCUCAUCAUCGGCUUCAUCAUCUUCCUCAUCAUCGCCUCCAUAGCCAUCCGCCGGCUCAUAGGGGUCACCGAGGUGAAGAAAACAGGCUCCAGUUAUGGCAACCAGGAGGCUAAGAAGCAAAACUAAAAUGUGUCACCCCCUCCCGUGUAUGGCCGUUAGUGUGCGGCGCCCUGCGGUGUCUCACCUCUACCCAACUCCAUUCUCCUCCUACUGUCGAGUCAGUUGGUAGGUCGGGGAGGAGACGCAGCUGUGAAAACAUAAUAGAGACCAGAGUUAAAAACUGUAAUGGCACGAGAGUGAGUGAGAGACAAUGUAGAGGUUCAGGGAUUUAAGCUCUCUGGUGUAUCACAGACCAUAAAGAGGGGGAGUACCGUAUUCCCCUGCAUCUUUCUUAGCCCACUAAGCCCCCAUCCAAGUCCUUUUGCAUUGCAGCAAAAACCCGAGGUUAAGCUCUUAACACAUCUGAGGUCACCUGGGCUUCCAUUCAGCCCAUUUUCUCCUUCCUGUCACAGUCGUCCACCAAUCAGAGUGGAGACUUACAGAUUCUUUUUGCCCCCACUCUAUUGGAUCUAACCUCCAUCUGGGGCAUUACCGCAUCAGUAAUCUCUAACAUGCAGGGCGUCUCCCUGCUUUUUCUUACCAAGUGGGACUUGUAAUGGGAAUCGGUGCCUUGAGGCCCAGCCUGGUUUUUCCUUAACGGAGUCAUUUCACCCAAAUCACGCAAAAUUUACCCUUUUACCUCUAUGUGUGUGUGUGUGUGUGUGUGUAUGUAGCCAGGUGGAUAGAUAUGGUUUUUAUAUGGCCAAGGUCUGAGAUAUCAGCCUCUCAGACUUUUACUACUACACCUCGACAAUGAAGGUCAGUACAUUUUCUUAACGGUGCACAUGUCGUUUUAAAAGUACGUGACAGAAGAAAUGUUGAAUGUAAAAAAUCUGUCAGUAGCUGGAACAGCGUUUCUGAAACAAGAGACUUUUCAAGGAAACAUCCUCAUUGUAUUGUGGCUUAGCAGCAGAAGUCUCAGUGCGGAUAUCUCAAAAUAUAAAUACUGUAUCUUCUUUAGGGCUAGGUAAUGUAAAGGUUAAACGGCAAAUUUGAUUUCAUUCUUGUGAUUUUGGUGUACUGGUCCCUUAACAUCCUUGUGUGGAGCGGCUGGUGUCUGUUAAACUACAACAAGGGCUUUGAGUGUGAAAACCGUCCUUAUCAAGGACACCUACCAUCUGUUACAGGUCUCAUUUUCCCAGCCCGCAGCACCAAACCCCAGACACAUUUGGACGUUAUUUUCCCCAAUUUUUAUUCCUGUUUUCAAAUUUAGCAAAUUGGCCAACACGUUCACAUCACAUUCACUGACCUCCCACGUCGUAACAGCAGUCCCAGUCCAAACACCUGAAGCAGCUCAACACACCAUCCCUAUCCCACGGUGCCAGUCACGACAGUCCAAAUGCAGCUCACCGUUUGAUGAUCUGUUGAAUUGGCCGAGUGGUCAAAUUCCAGAAAAGGGUCCCAAACUGUCUUCAUGUAGCCACACAGCUGUUAGCAUAUUACUUUGCUCUCCAGAAAUAGACUGUAGUAGAGAUAUUUUAACCUUUGCCUUAAAUCAAGCUUGCUCAGGCAAGGGAUCGCUUAUUCGCCACCCCUUUAAAACAGCACCCACUUCUUACCUCUGUGAUGUCUGGAUACUCGCCCUCUAUUCCUCUCAUUACAACAAUGCAUGGUGGAGUAGCAUGCAUUCAUUUGGUUUGUUCACCAACACGAGGGAAUCAUUUAAAACCCACUUAGAGUAGAUGUCUAGGAAGGUUUUUUUGUUUUUUUUUAUAAAGGUAACUUCACAUUGUUGGUGCAGGUUCAUACAUGUCACAAUUCAAGAAUGGGUCAUCUGUGACUUAUUUUUAAUUGUGUCUCAAGUCAAAUGUUCGUCCCCCCCGGUGUGAGGAGCCACAUCAUCCUGGUCCAAAACUCAACUAUAGCGAGAUGUGGCAUGCUCUCUUCUCCACUUCCCGUGCCACGUGUAGUUUAAAUCAUGCAUUUUGUUUCGUUGGCUUCAUUUUUUUUUUGUUUGUUUGUUUCUUUCUGGGAGGGGGGGCAUCACUCCUCAGCAGCUGUAUGUUUUGUAGUCUAUCUCAAACCAGACAGAUUUCAUGCAAGCCUUAAUUAGUGCUGCUUCAUUUUUGUGUGAAAGUGUAGAAGCUAACCCCUGUGGUAGCGUGGGUUUGGAUGUUAAAAUACAAGUUCACCGGUACAGUUUGCAAGUUGUUGGGAUUAGUUGCUUGAUUUCAAAUUUUAACAUAAAGAAAUAAAGAUUAAUGAGAACGGUUAGUCUGCUCACAUUUUUUACACAAAACUACUUUGAGUUGCUUUACCUCAGAUAUUUGUGAAAAGUUUAGGAUCCCCUAUAACAUCAGAUCAAAUCCUGUCCUCCAACAAAAACUGUGUUCCAAAGUAAAAAAGGCUGCUGAGAAGUUCAAACCAGUGCUUGGAAAUUCUUGUUACACUGGAUGUUUUUCUUUCUUUCUUUCUUUUUUUUUUUUUAUUCACUUAAGAAUUUAACUUCCAUUUGUGAAUUCUGAUCAACGCCACCUUAGACGCAUCAGUUUUUAAACAUAAUCUGGUUAACGGCACCUCUAGCAGCAGCUUUUCUUUUGUUUUCUACAACUCUUUUUAUGUUUUCUUCAACUUAAACACUUGGGACUAUUAAAGGAUUUAAUCACAAA